CGGAGGGCCGGCUGUUUGGGGAAGGCGGUGGGAGCUGGGAAGCCGAUGCGGGCGAGCGGGGCAGGGGAUGGCUUCGGCUGGAGGCGGCGACUGCGAGGGCGCCGCGCCCGAGGCGGACCGUCCUCACCAGCGGCCCUUCCUCAUCGGGGUGAGCGGCGGCACCGCGAGCGGGAAGUCCACUGUGUGUGAAAAGAUCAUGGAGCUGCUGGGACAGAACGAAGUAGACCACCGGCAGCGGAAGUUGGUCAUCCUGAGCCAAGACAGGUUCUAUAAGGUCCUGACCCCAGAACAGAAGGCCAAGGCCCUGAAGGGACAGUACAAUUUUGACCACCCAGAUGCUUUUGAUAAUGAUUUGAUGCACAGGACUCUGAAGAACAUCGUGGAGGGCAGAACCGUCGAGGUCCCAACCUAUGAUUUUGUGAGCCACUCAAGGUUGCCGGAGACCACGGUGGUCUACCCUGCAGACGUGGUCCUGUUUGAGGGCAUCUUGGUGUUCUACAGCCAGGAGAUCCGGGACAUGUUCCACCUGCGCCUCUUUGUGGACACCGACUCCGACGUCAGGCUGUCGAGAAGAGUUCUCCGGGACGUGCACCGUGGCAGGGACCUGGAGCAGAUCCUGACCCAGUACACCACCUUCGUCAAGCCAGCCUUCGAGGAGUUCUGCCUCCCGACGAAGAAGUAUGCUGAUGUGAUAAUCCCACGAGGGGUAGACAAUAUGGUUGCCAUCAACCUGAUUGUGCAGCACAUCCAGGACAUUCUGAACGGUGACAUCUGCAAAUGGCACCGCGGAGGGCCCAACGGGCGGAGCUACAAGAGGACGUUUCCUGAGCCAGGGGACCACCCCCGGGUGCUGACCUCUGGCAAACGGUCACACUUGGAGUCCAGCAGCAGACCCCACUGAGGAGUGGGGCGUCCGCCUCCCAGGCAGGUCCCCCCCAGACACGAGUUCUGGUUCUGGGCCUGGAGAUGCCCGCCUGACCCUAAAAACGCAGCCACCGCCUCUCUCAGCAUCCGGUACGACAGGGUGGCGGUAGGAUCAAGGCGUCCCCCACUGACGUGGGGAUACUGGACGUGUCAUUCAGACUCCAUUUGGCAGGGUAUUGGCAGGCGUUCCUGACGUCACCUGCUUCCCCACGUGACGGCAGGUUACGUCUCUAAGUUACCGAGAAACGCCACCGCGUGUGGUAAGCCUGUGACACUUGCUUCCAGGAGGAAUGCAAGUCACGUAUUUUGGGGAACACUGAGGAAACAGCCUGGACACUGGCUGUUCGGUGUGUUUUUAACAGUGAACCACAGUGAGAGAUACUUUUUCUAGUAUCUGGUUCAUACAUGCACUUAUACCUAAACAAAAGUUUGAAGAGAUACUACUUUCCCUUUUCAUAUGUUAUACGUCCAAACGUUUUCUGUUUUAUUCUACUUCAUAACAUCAUUCUAGCUGUGACCUAUUAACCGAAUUUCACGAGCCACCAGUGGGCUGUGAUCCGUCUGGUACGCACUGGUGGGAGGAGCCAGAGAGCCAUGUUUCCUUCCUCCCGGACUGUGUUCCAAAGGCGGGGUGGGGGAAGGAGCCUUGGGGAACAAGCGUUUCUUAACUAGCAUCAAACACAGAAGGCGUAGUCUCUGCUCAUCCAGCCCGAGCCUGCCUGGCUCCUGUGUGUGGGGCAGAAGGCAGGGUGGCACACACAGCGUCCCUAGUCCUACACAGGACCCCGAGCCCAGGGUGCUGUGUGGACAGGCCGUCCCUAGUGUGGCCCAGGGCCAGUCCAGGCCAUGCCGUCCCUGGCCAGGGUGUGUGCUGGAAUGGAGGGGCGCGAGCGGACUCUGCUGCCCAGAGCCAGCCGCCACUGUGCGCACCCAGAGCCCCCGGCUGCAAACACCUGCAUCUGUGUCAUCCUGGUUUGUCUUCCCUCCCACAUGGCAGCUGUUCCUCUACAAGUGCUCCUUUCCCACUGCCACCAGCUAACUGCAUGGGCAAUUCUGGUUUCUUUCUAUCGAGUGGUAGCUAGUUACACAAGACAUAACAUCAGCUGAGCUAGGCUGAGCUCCAUGGCUGGUUUCUGAUGACUGUGACGGCUUUGUCAGGCUUACUGUGCCCUUUUGGAAAGAGAAUCAAUAAAUGACACCAAACGUUGAGUGCCAA